CUCCCUCCUUUUCUUUGUCUUGCCUGCUUUGCCUAGAUUUUACUUUCUGUCACAAGUGGCCAAUCUCCACUCUAUCCCCAUCCCCAAACCCUUUCUCUAGUCAGUAAAGAACCAGAGGCUUCGGUCCUUUGGUUCGCCCAUAACACCGCCAAGAUUCAGUCCAACGCCCAAACUUCCCUCAUCUCCUCCCACCCCUUCAGCAGACUGUUCAGCCUCUUCUCGUCUGCCGUUGGAUUCAUCAUGCCUGCCUCUGUCCACUCCACGUACCCCUCGGACACGGACACCUGCGAUAUCAAAGAAGCAGAGUCUGGUUAUGUCAGUGGUGACUCGAGCCAGCCUAGUCUUCCGGACCUCGUCUUCACGAAGCCCCAUUUGAAGUUCUUGAACAGGCAGCUUCAGUUUCUCGAACCCCAAGAUGUCUUGAGAUGGUGCAUCACCAGCCUUCCGGGACUCUAUCAAACCACCGCCUUUGGACUGACUGGUCUGGUCACAAUUGAUAUGCUCUCAAAACUCGAUGUUCCCAGACCGCAGGUUGUUGAUCUGAUCUUUCUCGACACACUCUAUCACUUCCCCGAAACUCUUGCUCUGGUUGAGCGGGUCCGGAAGCGAUAUCCAAGCCUUAGCAUUCAUGUCUACAAGCCACAGGGCGCCGAAACUGCUGAUGAAUUUGCUGCGAAAUACGGAGACCGACUGUGGGAGACCAACGACCAGCUGUACGACUGGCUCGCCAAAGUCGAACCGGCCCAGCGUGCCUAUCGGGAACUCCAAGUAAGCGCAGUGCUUACUGGCCGUCGUCGAAGCCAAGGAGGAAAGCGCGGUGACCUUAAUAUCGUCGAGGUUGAUGAGGCUGGCCUUAUCAAAAUCAAUCCGUUUGCCAACUGGGGCUUCCAGCAAGUCAAGGACUACAUCACCACCCACAAUGUUCCGUACAACGAACUUCUCGACCGGGGCUACAAGAGCGUCGGAGACUGGCACUCGACACAACCCGUGAAAGAGGGCGAAGACGAGCGUGCCGGUCGAUGGAAGGGUCAGGCCAAGACGGAAUGCGGCAUCCACAACCCCCGAUCGAAGUACGCACAGUUCCUUCGAGAACAAGAGAUGAAGAGGCAGCAGGAAGCACUGGACCAAGCUCUUCAAGGCGCGGACAAGGCGUAGUUGAAGCGGCGGUUGGGUCAUGUGCAAAUGUGCUUUAUGGAAUUUCCCUGUGUUUUUACAUGUUUACUAUCAUGAUUUGCUCCUGCGGAAUCGGCGUUAUAGAUCUCCUGUUGUUUCGUUCUGUCUUUUUUCUUUCUUCUUUUCUUCUUCUUCUUCUUCUUCUUCAGCUUCUUCUUUUUACUUCUUCUCAUUCUUCUUAUUCUUCUUCUUUUGCGACUACCCCUGAGUCUGAUUGCUUCAAAUGUUUCUAUCAAAUAGAUUAUUCACACCCUCAGCAACCCAUGUUACAUAGUUGCACCAUAGCAUAAAUUAAAAUAGUUCACCCC